GCUUUCAAUUCUAUGUACGCACACUUCUCCAAGUUCUUGACAUUGCUGCUCGUGAGCGUGAUGCGGAUUUUGUGGAUUUUUGCCUGGGGCACAGGGGCGCCCGUAGCGUCGUACUCUUUUUCACCCUUAGCGACGUAACUCAUCCUGGUUUUGCUGGAGAGUCAGAUGGUGACUAGAAAAACAUCUGGUUUGGUGUAUAGCGGCGAAAAAUAGAGUUUUGGAGGAUCAAUGACUGCGGCAUCUGCCGACAUUCCCUUUACGGGAUAUGGGCGCUCCACGAGGCGAAGGAGCGCUUACCAACUACUUGCUUCCGUCUGUCAUGCAAGGCUUCAACAAGUACUAUCCUCCUGACUACGACGGCGAGAAACACGGGAGCCUCAAUGCUUACAGAGGCAAGCAUGCACUCGGCGAUCGAGCUCGUAAGCUCGACCAAGGCAUCCUGAUCACCCGUUUCGAGCUUCCAUUCAACAUUUGGUGUGGAACAUGCAACAAUCACAUUGGUAUGGGCGUCCGUUACAAUGCGGAGAAGAAGAAGAUCGGGAACUACUAUUCGACACCCAUAUACUCGUUCCGAUGCAAAUGUCACCUUUGUGACGGAUGGUUUGAGAUUCAAACUGACCCAAAGAACACACGUUAUGUUGUCACUUCUGGAGCGAGACAGAAGGAGGAAGAAUGGGACCCAGAGGAGAAUGGCGGAUUUGCAGUGCAUGACACCGAGGGCAAGGAUGGACCAGUUGAUCCUCUCGCAGCACUUGAGAAAACAACGGAGGCGCAAAACCACAUGAAUAAUGUCCAGAAGCCUCGUUUGGAAUCGUUACAAUCCCUCGCAGAUCAUUACGGAUCAGAUCCAUACUCACUCUCUAUCAAAGCUCGGAAACGUUUUCGGGUGGAGAAGAAGAUUGACAAGGAGAAACAAGCCGCAGAUGACCAACUGAAGGGAAAGUAUGGUCUUCCGGAAACUUUGCCCUUGCAGGACGAGGACGAAGAGAUUCGGUCACAAGCGAAAGACGAUUGGCUGAAAGGCAGACUGGCGCUAGAGGCAGAGCAGAAUACGAGGAAACGAAAGUUGGUGGAGAUUAGUGUCGUCCCGCGGCUAAUCCCCUUGUCGAGCACCUCUUCUGGACGAUCUUUAAAUAAUUCGACCGCUGCAUCAGAUCCAGUUGCUUCACUCCGCGCACGGAUAUUGGCGAAUACUGCUCGUCGGAAGCCUCCAGACAGCAAGUUGGGUGUGUUUCGGAGAUAGAUCUUGCAUUCUGAUUUCAUUUUAUCUUUAUACCACUGUAUUGUAGCUGGAUGGAAUUGGCUGUAGCUUUAGCUUGUAAUUCAUGGUAGUCUCUGUCUCGCAGACCUUUAGCUCCAA